AUGCAACCACUCCCCACAACCCUCCUUUCCCUCAUCCUCUCCAUCUCCGCCACCCACGCCUCCUCCGCCACAAACCCAAUCUACCUCACAAACUACACCACCGCGCCCGCCCUCUCCCUCUCCCUCACCCCCUCCACCUUCUUCACCGUCCCCGGCCUAAACGGCACCUACCCCAUCACCGCGCAAGCGCUCCUCUCCCCGCUCUCCAAAACCACCUACCCGUUCUCCAUCGCGGUCCGCGAUUUCCAGAACGUCAAGAAACCGCACUUCUCCACCACGCAGACGCUAGUAUGGAUCAACGCCAGCACGAUCGAUGCCAGCGGGGUCAAUGAUCAGAAGGUCGUGCAGGGGUGGGAUAAUUGCUUGCUUUUUUUUACGAAUGUGAGCGCCAGUGCGAACAGCGCGGGCCAGGGCGAUGAUGGGAGUUGUGGGGAGACGCUGGGGAGUGCUUGUGUGGGGGAUUUGGAGAUGGCCGUGAGGAGGAAUUCUACGACGGGAGGGAGGUGUGAGGAUUUGUUUGUUGAGACGCUGCCGGCUUCGUGUGAGGGGAAAUUGGGGGUUGAGGUUGUUGCUGCGAAUCUGACGUAUAACAACCAAAGCUACUACCCAUUGCUAGAAGUCCAAACACCGCUGCAUCGAUGGGAUAAUUCGACCUAUCUCCAGGUUGCGAGCGAGACGCUGUGGCCGUUCGUGUGGUGGCAGUCGUUGAACGCGGUCGGGGAUACGAUGUUCAAUGGGUCUAUCUUUGUGAAUGCGACGGCGCGGACGAUGGGGUGUUUGAGGGCGACGACGCGGUAUAAUGCUACGACGAGUGAGGCGAGUGAGUUGGCGGGGAUGGGGGGUGGGAGGCAGUGGGUGGUGGUUGCGGGAUUGGCGGUUUGGACUGCUUGGAAUCUUUCGUGA